AUGUCCGCAGAACAUUCUCGGAGCAAUAGGCUAAGACCGACAUUUACUCGUACCCUUCAACUUGGACUGACCGAUCACGAAUUCUGAUGAAACAAUGAAAGUAUCAUUUAAAGUAUCGGAAGCAAUGGAAGCUGGGCCCUCUAGCAGUUGCAAGAAGAUUCAUCGCUCUUCUCCCAAAUCGAGAUCAGCAACCACGACUUCUGCUGGUGGAAGCAAGGGUACGCCUAAGCUGUCGGCUGUCAACAAACAGAAAAAACGUGUUCGAGGAAAACAUCGCCUACGUUUUUCCAUUAGAAAGCGCGGAAGAGGGUAUAUGUUUAUCAAGUUACGCCAUAAACAACCUGAUGAGUUUUAUCGCAAAUGCCUAGGCGCUUGCUACAAAUCUAACGAAGAUAUUCGCCAAAUGAGGGACAAAAUGAAAGUGCUCAGCCUGAAUACGAUGAAAUCGGCAAGAUUCCCGAAAUAGUUGGUUGUGUUGUAGCGGCAGGAAGUCAAGCGGUAUUCAUUACUACAGUACUAUGUAUGUAUACGUCUAUCGACGAGUUAUUUGUAAAUGAUGUUCUUGAAUCGUGCCUUGAUUUGUAUUAA